ACAAUAGAACUAUUACGCUGAAUAGCUGACAAAUAAAAAUGGUGGACAAAAAGUGCUAGGAAAACGAAAAAGAAUUUUCUUUUUUUCCCGUAAUCAAUUCCAAGUGUUUGUUUAGCGUUAAUAAUAGCAUAUUUUAGUCAAGUAAUCACAAUGGGACGUUCUCGAUCGAAAAGUAGAACUCCAAAGAAGCACCACAAAAGUAAGCAUCGCAAAAAGAGCAAAUCGAAAGAAAGGCGUUCAUCAUCACACACAAAACACCGUGACAAAAGUCGUGAACGAAGCUCUAGAAAACGUUCGCUUUCCAUAACGUCGAGUAGCAGUGAUGAUCUGUCAUCGAUACAAUUACCAAAACACAGGAAAAAGCAUCGUAGCCGGAAAAUGGAUGAAGUGGAACGUUUGGCUGAAAUGGAAAGACAAAGAAGACAAAAAGAAGCUGAACAAAAGAUUAUUGAAGAUGAAGCUGCCAAACGCAUUGAACUGCUGGUGAAGCGGCGCGUCGAGGAAGAGCUCGAAAAGCGCAAAGAUGAAAUCGAAUUGGAGGUGUCGAAGCGUGUCGAAGCGGCGAAAAAGCAAAUGGAGCAUGAAAUGAUGAUUGAACUGGAAAAGCGGCGUGAAUUAGCUCGCGAAGAAGAACGUAAACGUGAGGAAGAAGAACAUAAGAAACGAGAGGAACUCGAAACAAUUCUUGCCGAGAACAAUAAAAAGAUCGAAGAGGCUCAAAAGAAAUUGGCCGAAGAACGUCUCGCUAUUAUUGAAGAACAGCGAAAAAUGGAUGAAGAACGGCAAAAGAUGCGCAAAGAUCAUGAACGUCGUGUAAAGGAAGAACAGAAAAUGAUUUUGGGUAAAAACAAUUCACGUCCAAAAUUAUCGUUUUCGCUAAAAACUGGCGCAUCCUAAAAUUUUGACAUCCGGCGCGCCAUAAUUUCAAUGUUUUUUUUUCCUUUUCGUUUUAUUUCAAUUUAUCAUUUUCAAUUAAUUCAUACGUGUCGAAUGCUUCAAAUCUCUCUCUCUAAAAGAUCAUCUUGUGAGUAUACAAAAUGGCACUUUAAAGUCCAAUUGAAUAGUGGCUCUUCAGGUGACUCAUUUCAAUGAUCAUGCCGUGUCCAUGACAGCCAUUUGAUCUUUAGUUGAAUGUGAGGCGCCUUAGGGGUUGCUGAUUUUGUUUAAACUAAAUUUACAAACAAGAAAUCGUUACGGCUCACAUUAUGGGAGCCGAUUAAAGUCAAAGAAUGGUAAACAAAUAAAGAAUAUUUAAGCCGCUAAAAGAAUAAUCCAGCAAAUGAUUCAAUAAAACGUAAUUAUA